GUCGCUGGAUACGCCUCAGACGCAGAGACAUGCAGAAGAUGGAGGCUCUGAGGAAGCAGCGACCAGAUGAAGCAGAGAGAGAGGGAUGGGAGUACGCAUCUCUGUUUGGAUGGAGGUUUCAUCUUAAACCCCGGAAGACCGACUCAUUCAGGAGGAGGAGAUGGAGAUGUCGUAUGGAACCACUGGAGAAGACGGGACCUGCUGCUAUCUUCGCCCUGGAGUGUUCACUGGGGAGUGUGACGGAGGAUAAGAGUGAUGAGAAAUCUGUGACGGCGACCUUUGGGGUCAACCGCCCUACCAUUUCCUGUCUCUUCCACAGUGGGACUCGCUACCACCUGCGCUGUUACCUGUACCAAGCCAGAGAGCUGCUAGCCAUGGACAAAGACAGCUUCUCAGAUUCCUAUGCCAUAGUUUCGUUCCUCCACCAGAGCCAGAAGACUGUGACUGUGCGUAACACGUUGAACCCCACCUGGGACCAGACACUCAUCUUCUACGAGGUGGAGGUGUUUGGAGAUGCUGAUGUGACAGAGAGAAGCCCUCCUAACGUCGUGGUGGAGCUGUACGAUCAGGAUACAUAUGGGGCAGAUGAGUUCAUGGGUCGCUGUGUGUGUCAGCCCUCCACGACUCCCUCCCCUCGUCUGGCCUGGUAUCCAAUCAGGAUGGGAGACAGGAGCGCAGGAGAACUACUGGCUGCCUUCGAACUCAUACGACGAGAGAAGCCCGCUGUUCAUCACAUCCCUGGACAGGAGGGAGACAUCCCCCCUCACAUUAUGGAUGAGGUCUUUCUCACUGGAUUCCUCUCAGAAAACCAGCAAUGGCCCAAGGAUUCCGACCUGCCGAACCCGCCCCCCCAGAGAGAACCCAACGUCUACAUGGUUCCUCAGGGGAUCAAACCUGUUCUACAACGUACUGCUGUAGAGAUCUUGGCAUGGGGAGUGCGUAACCUGAAGAGCUUCCAGCUAGCUAGCGUUACCUCUCCCAGCCUGCAGGUGGAAUGUGGAGGCAUCAUGGUUCAGUCCUGCGUCAUACGAUCUACAAAGAAGAAACCCAACUUCGACAUCAACACACUCUUAAUAGACGUGAGACUGCCCUGUGAGGAGCUUUAUAUGCCACCUAUCAUUCUGAAGAUCAUUGACAACAGACAGUUUGGGAGGAAGCCGGUGGUGGGACAGUGUACAAUCAGGAACCUGGAGGACUAUCGCUGUACCCCUGAGGAAGAGGGGGAGGAGGAAGAGGACGAGCUUGAGGAGGUUGUCCAGACGCCUCGUGACGAUGUUCUGAUCGACAUCGAUGACAAGGAACCCCUCAUCACCUCACAGGUAGGCUCUGUCACCUUUCAACCAGCCAAUCGAUUGAUCAAUCAGUCAAUCAAACAACAAGUCAACCAACUGAUCAAUCAAUCAAUGAAUUCAACUUCAUGAGCAUUUCACACAAGGUAAAAAAAACCAAAAAAACAAACAGGAGAAGAUGACGGUGGGCAUUGAUCUUUCUCCAGCAUGUACCUUUGACCUGUGUGAGUGUUGAUUGGUGGAGAAAGAUCAGACAAUUAACACAGAGUAUGGACGUGAUACUCCAAUAACGUAAAGAAAAUUGAAAAUGUUCAUUUAAAUUCAAUGCAAAAAUCGCAUUGCACUGUGAGCUAUAUAGAACCUACUCCCAUGCCCCACCCCCUGACCUCUAGCCUGACCCUGAGCUCAGUCAUCUCCAUGACCCUGGUCCUAUAUCUCCAUGACCCCUGGUCCUAUAUCUCCAUGACCCUGGUCCUAUAUCUCCAUGACCCUACAGGGCUGGGUACAGGGUUGGGUACAGGGUUGGGUAAAGGGCAGGGUACAGGGUUGGG